AUGCGUGGAAGAGGCAGAAAAAACCAGCAACCGAUGGGGAAAGCACCACAACAACUAGCCGUCGAUCACGGGAGUAACGCGGGCGAUCGUAUAACCGCUCGCGUUGGGUCUCGGCCCAAGAAAGCCAAAAUUGUAUUCGACCCGUCUGAUCAUCAUGUGCCGCGAAAACGAAAUCGCCGUGGUGAGCCCGAUCCGCGAACAGUAACAACACCGAAAUCGGAACCACAACGAACGACAACGCCGUCCUCCUCUUCGUCAACCGAUGGCCCACAGAGUGCAUCGACUAAGGGAACUGAACGGCCAUCAGCUGUACAAGCAACCACUAAAUAUCGGCACUGUAGAAUUUGUGGUAAAAACGGCCCGGGUCGUUUGCCGCGCAAGUCACACGUUUCACCAUGGACGUGUCCCGGCUGCGUACACGCCAAUCUUAAGGCUGGAUCAGCCAACAAGCAGAUACCGCGGCCACACACUUUGGGCAGACCCGUGGGAACCAAGCGAGUGAAAACUGAAGAGGACACCGUACAGCAGCACGAUUUUGCCGGCUUUAGCGAAACGGAGCUCAGCAAUCCCGGGUCCGAUGUGACGGCCAGAGAGGCUUCCAACGUUAACAUGCGCCUAUUGACGUCAAACGUAAAGGUUGAACCUGACGAGGGCGACGAAACUGGUGGUGAUGAUGUGGGCGACGAUGAUGGAUCUGCUUACAGUCUCAGCCCUUGCAAGCGGGAAGCAGACGAGCUGCCAUCUGCAAACUGUAAGAAAGAAAUAAGGUUGUGGACCUGCAACGACGUAUGCAGCUACUUUGGUCAACACUGUCCAGCGUGGGGCGAUUUAUUUCUCGAACAGGAAAUAGAUGGCGCAUCAUUGCUGCUUCUGCAAAGGAGCGAUGUUUUAUCUAGAUUUGGACUCAAGCUGGGACCAGCAAUGGAACUGUAUCAGCUUAUCGUGGCCUUGCAAAGCGGUGAUACCGAGACGGUUGAUGUGCGGUUGACGUGGAUAUAA